AUGGGAUUGACCAAGGAUUAUUUGAAGUAUGAGCAUGCUGGCUCUUGUGGAUGUGUUGGUUCAACAAACGGACAACUUGUUGCUAUUGAUGGGCAAACUGUCGCCGUUUCAGCUAACGAAUAUCUCAAUUUCUAUAAUAUGAGAACGACAGAAAAGGUUAAUGAAAUCAUCGAAUCCACAAAACCAAUCACAUGUGUCAGACAAUGCGAAAAUAAGCCGAUUCUCGCUAUUGGAUACGCUGAUGGAUCUGUAAAACUAUUCGAUCGAGAAAACGAAGAUGCUGACCCAAUCAUGUUCUCUGGUCACAAAAAAGCAGUGAAUUGCAUCGAGUUCAGUAGUGAUGGCUUGCUAUUCGCAACUGGUGGAAAAGACGGUGUAAUCGUUCUGUGGGAUAUUCUCGCCGAGCGAGGAAUGUUUCGAUUGCACGGUCACAAAGAGUCAGUCACCCAGAUGAAGUUUGUUCGAGGCGAUCGUUUCAUCAUUUCGACAUCGAAAGACAGUCUCAUCAAGUUCUGGAGCAUUGCUAGUCAAUCGUGCUUCUACACUGUGAUGGACAGCAGAAACGAGAUCUAUUCGAUGAGCCUGCAUCGAGACGAAUCGAUUCUUGUUGCUGCUACUUCGGAACUCGAACUGCUCGUUUUUGAACUGAACUGGAAAAAUGGAGCAAUUUUUGAGCAGGAAGUGAAGAACGAGGAACCGUCUGCUAAAAAAGGAACGAUAGAUGAUGCAGAAGAUGCACUUGCAAACAUGGCCAACAGAUACAUCACUACAAAACUACGCGGAAGAGUUAUUCGUCAGAGUAAAGGAAGAGCUCUUCAGCUUGUGCCAACUCAUGAUGGUCGUUUCUUGGUUUGUGUUGGUGCUGACAAAGUGGCCGAUGUCUAUAGAGUGUUUUCGGAAGCUGAAUCAGUGAAACGUUUGACGAAAAAGUUGAAAAGUGCUAAACGAAAGGCAACUUCGGAAAGUUCGGCUGUAAGUGAGGAUGAUGUUACAAAGGACGUCACCAUUCUUGUGACUAGAAUCGACGGAAGAACAAAUCUGAUCUACAAGUGGUACGCUUUGUUGACCGAUAAUACUGUUCACUGGGUGAAGAUGACUAUCGAGAUGAAUUCCAACGCUGUUGAAUGCGACAGUGUUGGAAAUUUGGACAAACUUGGUCAUCGUGAAGACGUUCGCUCUUUGUGCGUGUCAUCAUCGUCAAGUCUUCUAGCAUCGGGAGGCGGAAACGAAGUUAUCGUGUGGAGUACUCACUCACUUCGAUCAUCGUUGACUUUGACCGAUAACGAUGUCAAGGAUGUAGUGGCCGUUAACUUUGUUCCAGGAGACAACUACAUUCUUACGGGAGGAAAGAAUGGUGAAAUCGGCGUCUUUGAACUCAGCAGCGCAGAAUUGGUCGAGACGAGAAAAGCACACACCGGAGCCAUUUGGACCAUUCAGAAUACACCAGACAAUGAAGGAUUCAUGACAGCAUCAGCUGACAAGACAGUACGCUUCUGGUCGUUCGUGUUGGUUACUGAAGGUUCUCGAAAAAGAAUAUCAAUCAGAGAACAGAAGGUUCUGGAACUUCCGGAUGAGGCACUCGCUGCAUCGUUCUCACCAGAUGGAAAGUUCCUUGUUGUUGCUCUUCUCAAUAAUACAUGCUCUGUGUAUUUCGUAGACACUCUCAAAUUCUUCGUCUCCCUUUACGGCCACUCUCUCCCUGUCACCUGUGUCGAUGUGGCUCCAAGUAGCAAGUUGUGUGUUACUGGUUCUGUGGACAAGUCUGUAAAAGUGUGGGGAUUGGACUUUGGAGAUUGUCACAAAUCAUUCCAUGCUCACGACGACGCUGUCACAUCGGUAUUAUUCUGUCCGGGCGAAGAGCAAUUGUUCUGGAGUGCUGGAAAAGAUGGGAAAAUCAAGCAGUGGGAUGCCGUGAAGUUCAUUCUUGUUCAAUCUCUUGACAGGCACACUUCCGAUAUUCGAUGCUUAGCUCAGUUCUCCAACGGAUCUGUUAUGUUCUCUGCAUCCCACGACAAAUCGAUUCGUUGCUGGGAGAAAACCGACGAAAUGGUAAUCGUGGAAGAGCGAGAAGAGAUGGAAAGAGAAGAAGAGUACGAGAAGAAACUGAUCGACGAGGAUGACGUUGUGGCUGGAGAGAAUGCUGACAAUGAAGCGGGCGUUGCCAGCAGCAAAACGAGUUCCAGUGUUGUUUCUGCUGAAAAUAUCAUCCAGGCAGUUGAUAUUGCGAGAAAUGAAAAGGCGCAGCGAGCAGAGGAUCCAAACCACGAACCACAUCCUCUUAUUGGUGCCUACAAUAGUAAAUCUCUUGACCAUUUCAUUGUCGAUGUUAUCGCAAAAUGCAGAGCCAGUGAUCUCGACAGAACCCUUCUUCUGAUUCCUUUAUCCUACGUGGCAGAUAUUCUGCUUGCUAUCGCUUCGUGCACUCAACAACAAUAUAAAGCUGAGCUGUGCACCCAUGUUUCAGUUUAUUUGACCAGAGUUCAUCUCAGUCACAUCAUCGCUUCUUCCGAAUAUGUUCCAAUUUUUGAGCAAAUGAAUUCAAAAAUGUCCGAGGGAGUGGAGAAGUUGAGAGAGAUCACAGGAACUAAUCUCGCUGCUCUUCGACUUUUGGCUACGGAAAUGGAGGAUCGUGAACAAGUGAAAAUGUUCGCCCAAAUUGAACUGGGAACUGAUAAUCCGAAAAAGAAGAGAAAGGGAAGAAAGGCAGUGUUAAAGACACUUGUCGUUAUUCGAACCCGCGAGACACCUGCGAAAGUCGAUGCGUGUCGACUAAUUUAA